CUUUGUCUUGUCACAUGACUUGCCAAAAUGGCGGACAUGUCAACAGAUAGGCAGUCGCUAUCUCAAUCUCAGAAUAGCUUGAAUUCAUCUAUUAUUAGCGGAGACAAUGUAACUAAAACAAAUGACGAAAUAACAAGUGAAAUCGCCUCAGAAUUUUGUAAAUUUCUUAACUUCAAUGUUGAGAAAGAGGAAACCAAGUUUAAUGACAGUGUAGAGAUGAUGUUAACAAAAUUAGAUGAAUUUUUCUCAUUAGUUGAUAUGAUACGUAGUGAUACAUCCUUGUGUUUGACAACUACUUUACCACAGAUACAAGAGAAAUGUGCAGAGAUGGAGUUCAUUUUUGACAAAAUAGAUAAACUGGAGGUUUUUGUAAAUAUGGUCAAAGAUUGUGUGGCAGCUACUGAAGAUAAAGUCAAUAAGGCAGAGAAUGAGUUGGGUGCCAUUGGAGGGUUGGUGAAGAAAUUAACAUCAUUUGUUUCAUUGCAGAAAAAGUCUCCACUUCAGGCUGCUUCAAAGGGAAAGAAGCCAGAAUAUAUACCCCCUGAAAUUUUCUCAACUGAAGAUUAUUUGUCUCCCCCUGCCUUCAAUGCCACGCAAUCUACAGAAGAAUUUGGUCACUCAUCACAAUAGCGUUAGUGGCAAACAGGCUCACCAAACCGAAUCAGUUUCUGCAUUGUUUGACACAGCCACAUUGUACUUGAACUUUAUUUAUUGUCAGCGACUUUGUGAUUGUCUCUGCUUUUUAUUGAUGAGUUGAUACUGAGGAGCACUAGUGUAAGUGUGAGCUAUUCAAGCUGUGUAUGUGUUUAGGAGCACUAGUGUAAGUGUGAGCUAUUCAAGCUGUGUAUGUGUUUAGGAGCACUAGUGUAAGUGUGAGCUAUUCAAGCUGUGUAUGUGUUUAGGAGGAAAAAAAGGAGAACAACUGUGUAUAUGAUUUUUAUGUGUUAAACAAAAAUGCAAUAUUUUAUUACCUUUCAUCUAUGGUUAUUAUUGUUGAUUGCCCAUUUUUAAAUUAAAUUUUUACAUAUUCCA